UCCGUCGCCUCUUCAUUCUCCAUCCCAGCACAGCAGCAGGAGCGGAAACAGCUUAGCAGGCGACCUGCUGAAUCUCGUCGCCAAUGGACAGCUGCUAGACGGCAACAGCGGCCACGGAAAAGUCCCCUCCUCGAGCAGGUGGAUCUCGGGUGGACCAUGAGGUGUUGUCGGCCGUUGGUGGCCAUGUGCCUCUUCUUCCUCCUCACUGCCUCCUGUCGCUUCAGCACGGCUGCCCGACACGGUUGCCUUUUUGAAAAGAAACUUUGCCCCAGAGAUCAGCUGUGUAAUGACGACGGUUUGUUCGGACAGUGUUGGGCUCCUCACCACGAUCCAAUCCAAUAUGUGGUGUCGGCACCUGCUCUCCAUAAGCUUCAGGAGGUUCUUGAAGACCUGAUGGCGCAAGGUAUGACCUGGAGGGAUGACGUCACCCAGGCAACAAUCGGCCAAGCACUGAGUCACAUUCCCUCCAUUAGCUCAUCACAGCUUCAUCAGGGCAAACAGUUGCUCAGUCAGCGUGGGAUUUUAAGACCUGAAGAGACAGGCAACCAACAACUGAUCCAAAAGUACAUAGACUACCUGACGAUGGAGCCAUCACCAUCCUCCAUGCGUGGACAUAUGCCCAUGCUGGAUUCGCAAAUAUACAACCAGGAUAAAGAUGAACGGUCCCUCAACUCCCUGGAAGAUAAUCCAACCUCCCCAUUCGUCAGCUUCUCCCCUUCACGCUCCAGAUCCGGAGGAAAUGCUCUGGACAGAGACCAGCAACUUCUCCAGAACUUGGUGUCCUAUUAUCUUGACUCCCCUGUCCAGGCUGAUUCUCGCCACAGGGGGGCACCUGCAGAUUCUUUAGCCGCAGCUUCUUCUGUCCAGGAGUUUGACUUCCCACUGGGCUACAAUCAGAAUUACAUUUCCCAAGUUGAAAAUCUUCGGUCGCAGAGCAAGGUGGCAUCAAAGUACGAAGCUCUGGCGGGAAUGGAUGCAAACUCUGUGCAGCGUCUACAACGGCUGUUGGACAAAUACGGCCUCGAUGUUGAAGAUUUGUCCCCCGAGCAGCUAGACAAACUGCCAGCUUUGCUCAAGCAGAUGCAGCUGGAGAAAUCCUUCAGCCACAAAACCAUUAAAGGAAACUAUGGAAACAAUGUCGGCACAGGGAAGAAGAUCACAGGGAGUUUCAGCGAGAACAAGAUGGCCGCCCCAGAUACCGUGCCAAUCAAGUAUUUGAAACCGGUGGAAGUCCAAAAGGAUGCUAGCCCUCCCCAAGUGGGCAAAAUGGAACAGAACAAACCUAAAAAUGAUUUAGCUGCAAUGACCACUUACGAGACCAAGCCAAAUGUGGAGAACUCACCGGAGAAAGAAGAUAAGAACAGUCAGAAAUCUGAGUCAAGUCUGAAGGUUCUGCAGAACAGCGACCAGCAGCAAGUGGAGAACGUUGCCAAAGCCUCACCCGUGGCCACACGAGUCCAGCCUGGCUCUCGCUGGGUUUCCUCGACCUUGGUGGCUCUUGCUUGCAUUGUCGGCAUCCUUGUGGCAGCUCUCAGCGUCACCUGCCUUCGUCACCAUGCCCACCGUUUGGCUGCUAAGAAACUGGGCCUAGGGCCUCAGGGUGGAAGCUUCAGCCACCAGGAGUACCAGGACCUGUGUCGCCAGCAUAUGGCAUCCAAAGGUGCCUUUGGACGCCUCGAAGCAGCCGCCCUUGGGGCCGUGGGUGGACCGAACACAGCUGGUGCCGGAAGAGGAUCUGGAACAGCAGGGGGUGCCGACUCGAGAGUGAGCAGUGUGUCAUCCCAGUUCAGCGACGCAGCCCAGCCCAGUCCCAGCUCCAUCAGCAGCACGCCGUCAUGGUGUGAGGAGCCGGCACAAGCAAAUAUGGAUAUCUCCACUGGGCACAUGAUUCUAGCAUACAUGGAGGACCACUUGAAAAAUAAAGAUCGUCUGCUGAAGGAGUGGGAAGCUUUGUGUUCCUACCAGGCAGAGCCCAACAGUGUUACCGUGGCUCUGAGUGAACCCAAUUUCAAAAAGAACCGCUUCCACCACUCACUGCCCUACGAUCACACCAGGGUGAAGCUUAAACCAGAGAUUAACCCUUCACGUUCUGAUUACAUCAACGCCAGUACCAUAAUUGAUCACGAUCCUCGGAUGCCAGCAUAUAUCGCCACCCAGGGGCCCCUAUCCCAUACAAUCUCUGACUUCUGGCAGAUGGUGUGGGAGACCGGUUGCUCAGUGAUUGUCAUGAUGACAGCUCUGGUGGAGGAAGGAGAGAAACAGUGUGAUCGCUACUGGCCAGAUGAGGGCUCCUCACUCUAUCAUAUCUAUGAGGUGAACCUGGUGUCAGAGCACAUCUGGUGCAAUGACUUCCUAGUGCGAAGCUUUUACCUGAAGAAUGUUCAGACCCAAGAGACCAGAACCCUGACUCAGUUCCAUUUUCUCAGCUGGCCGGCACAUGGGAUCCCCAGUUCCACACGCCCUCUACUGGACUUCCGCAGGAAGGUGAAUAAAUGCUACCGAGGACGCUCAUGCCCCAUCAUCGUUCAUUGCAGUAACGGGACAGGUCGGACUGGUACUUAUAUCCUCAUGGACAUGGUUCUUAACCGUAUGGCUAAAGGUGUGAAAGAAAUCGACAUUGCUGCAACACUGGAACACGUUCGUGACCAAAGGCCUGGGAUGGUUCGUACAAAGGACCAAUUUGAAUUUGCUCUGACUGCUGUGGCUGAAGAGGUGAACGUCAUCCUUAAAGCGCUGCCUCAGUAAAGCGGCACUCAACCUCUUUCUGAAGACCUUUGACCUCCAUUUAUUUCCGGACUGCCUUUUGCCUUGCAAGUUAACAGUGAUGUCACACUAUGAAAAAUAUAACGUAACAUUUGGGAAGGAUUUGUACAGGCACACAGCCGUAUAUUACAUUCAGAUAUUUGUGGCGUCUUAUUAUAGCAUCGAUGCAUGGGUUGUCCUGGGAAUACUACACUUAUCUACAUUUUAAGAUGCUGUCGCCAUACUUGCUACUUACUUGGAGCUUUUCCUCCCACCAUUAGGAAGUUGUAAACCGGGUGUUACUCAUACCUGCACAAAUCCAACCCGAAGAUCUAGUGGCAAUUUUCUUGCAGAAGCCUCAAGCAGUUUGUUGCUUGUGCUCAUGUGGUCUGUUGUAUAUUGUGCUGUUUUACACACCAUCUUUAUGCCUCAGGAAGUGUAUGUUGGACUAAGCUUGGAAAAUACUAUGUACUUUAUAAGGUUUACUACUUCGGUAAAGUAUAAGAUACGAAGGUUGACGCUGGUUCUUGAUUAUUGGAAGGAAGUCAACUUCCCACUCGUGACAUCUGCAGAAUAUCGCUCCUUUUCUGUGUUCCAUUAAUCUAGUUGUAUUGGUGUAUACCUCAUGCAAUUUAGAAAAUUAAAAAAAAAAAAAACACUGUUCAAUGACAAAAUAUUUUAUUACUGUGAAAUUAUGAAUAAAUAUUUUCGUGUUUAAGUGCUGCAA